AUGCCCUUAUUUUCAUACGCAGCACUCCGGCGUUGGCUUGGUGAUGAAACGUCGUUCCCUGCCUGUAUCAGCGUAGUUAAGGGUGAAUCCAAGACUGAUUGUCAGAUAAACACCCCUGCGUCCGAGUCUGUGGUUGGUGUUGUACCGAUGCCGACCGAUGUGUAUAUUAUCGACACCAAACCCGCGGGAUUCAAGAUAUAUUUCAACUUGAAAUCCUCUGAGCUAACCGAAAACAAGGAACUUAUGCUUGGAAUAUACAAACUUGAAGAGAGUACCACAGAAUGUUAUAUUUACAACUUUUCCCAAUGUGACCAUCGUCAGACUAGGAUUAUCUUCGAUUGUUUCAAUAAUCUCUCACAUGGUAAUAUGUACACUGUCGCAAUACGUGCAUUACUGUCGGGUAGUACAAUGGAUUCGACGUUCACUCGCACAAUAGUAUCCAUCUCUCCGGGUAAUUGGACAACGACUAUUACUGUACACAGUAGUAUCGAUAACAUUACUGGUAGUUUUAUUAUGGCUGAUGACACGUUUGGUUUUACUUCAUAUAAUGUCAAAAUUGAACAUUCAACAAAAGCAACACGACAGAACACCUAUAUCUUUGCAAUAACGUCUAAUAAAGACUCGGAUGUUUACCAUAAUAUGGAUGCGACGUUUUAUUAUGUGAGAGACCAAGUGGACACAUUCAAGUUGCAUUUUGAAGUAUACAACCUUAAACCUGGGAGUUACCAAAUGGGGGUUAAACCAUCCCCUCCCAGAAGUUGUACACACGUAGGAACGUGUAAAUAUAGUUACUCAGAUACAUUUGUCAUAAGAGACGAUCCUUGUCGAAAAUCUAUCUGUGAUCGUAAUAUGCACUGUGCACUUACUGACAAUGGCGCCAGUUAUAACUGUGUAUGUGACAAUGGCUUCACUUUAAUGAACGAUACAUGUACAUACGACGACCCUUGUCUCGGUGUUAUUUGUGAUUCAAAUAUGCACUGUGAACUUACUGACAAUGGCGCCAGUUAUAACUGUUUAUGUGACGAUGGUUUCACUUUAAUGAACGAUAAAUGCACAAACGACAUCUCUUGUUACAAUGCUAGCUGUGGCUCCAAAAUGCAUUGUGAACUCACCGGCGAUGGCAACGGUCGUAACUGUGUUUGUGACAGUGGUUUCAUUCUAAAGAACGGUCAAUGUGUAUCCGAAUCUUCGGUGGAAUUAGCGUUAGCUGCGACGUUAGGAACCCUUGUAGCAAUCGCAUUUGCGAUAGCGAUGUUUAUACUGAUGUAUAGAAAGAAAAACAUUGGACAGAAAAGCCAAAAUGAAAAUCAACAGAUAGUCCCGGGUUUGAACCCAGAUAGUAGUUCCGAUAGAUAUGAUAAACUGUCGCACAUAUGUGGUACCUUGAUUCGGUGUACUCCAACUGGUCAACCGCGAAUUUUACUUCUUUGCUCGAAUGAUAACGAGAACCAUAUGAUAGUUGUGGGACUUCUGGCCAGAUUCUUGCAGGAUGAGUGUGCGUGUAGCGUGAUAUACCCGGAAUGGCACUAUCCGGAAAUUGCCAGACUCGGGCCGGUACAAUGGGUAUGCGACCAAGUCCAGAAAGCCUCUAAAAUUAUCUUCGUGAUGUCUGAGGGUGUGGAACGGAUUUGGAGGGGUCAACUUGCGGACGCUGAAUUCGAUGCAAUCGGUUUAUGCAGCGCCACCAACGUCAGUAAUACUAUGUUGUCUAUCGCGAUCAAUUUGAUGUGUGCCGACAUUUCACACGACGACGGUAAAUCGCGACGAGGAAACUACAUUUACGUGACUCUGCCGUACUCCGUCGGAACGAUCAUACCAGAUCCAAUCAAAAUGUUAGGGUCCUGUUACCGCGUACCGGAAGAUGUGGAAUCGCUUUAUCUCAAACUAUACGAUCUGAGCGAAAGAUCUCCAACCACCUACAAACGAGAAGUCUUAAGUCUGAAACAAAGGCUGGAGAAAGGGGAUCUGGGAAUUAAGUUGAUGAAUGCUAAGAAUCAUUUGUGUGUGCAUCUUUCCGAUGAUGCAGUUGCUGGUAAAAUCGCAAAGUCCUCAGAAGACCCAAUCAGCUUGCGUACGAGUGUUGAUGAUAUAGCGAUGCCGAUAACUGCUCCCCAUAGUACAUAUUCGCACCCUAGUCCCGGUUCGUUCGUCAUUAACCACGCUAACAUUGACCAACAAACGGUUUGUUGCGACCACGACGUCGAUAUUUAUCAACGAAUUGAUGAUUUCACAUAUUAUGCCGACAGUGAUUCCAGCGAGACAUCUUCAUUGGGUAUCAAAGCGAAGAUGGUAAAUUUCCCAUCACAGGGUUGUUCAUGA